UCCAAUCCUGCCAAACAAUUAGGGUUUGUUCUCAUGGUAUUUGGGGGAAGGAAAGAGAUGGGAGAGGAAAGGGGAUUGUGGUUGUGUGUGAACUGGGAAUCAGAAAAUAAAGGGGUUUUCUAACUUUUCUGUCCUGUUGUUCUUUUUCUAUCCUUUAUCAGUAAACAGAUUCUAGAGAGAGAGGGAGGGAGGGAGAGAGAGAGAGAGAGAGAUUGUAUGUGUGUGUAUGUGAUGCAUGGGGGUUGACAAAGGAAGCAGAUUUUUCUUCUGUUUCUACUUGGAAUGCAAUUCCCACUUUUUUCCGUCUUUGGCUUAGUCUGGCAAUUUGUUGGGCUAAAGGUCAAAGAUUUAGAAUAAAAAACUCAUACGUAUGUACCCUUUGUGAAAGUGAUAGUGAUUACUUUUCAUGGCUAUGAAACCCUGCACAGCCGGCUGAGAGAGAGAGAGAGAGUCUAACAGUCAACAAAUUCAGAGAAAAGCUAUAGAGUCUUAAAGGGUUUCGAAGUUUCGAUAUUUUCAAUCAGUUUUUUUUCACAAAUUUUGAUGAGUUUGGGAGGUUUGAUCAGUAGCAGUGGGGGUGGAAAUAGUGGAGGUGGGAGGGCAAGAGUUGUGGCUGAAAUUGCUCCACAUGCCCCCUCCUUCAUGCCCAGUGGCACCAUUGCACACCCACGCUUCCACCCUUCUUCCCCAAUCCCCAAUUCAAUGCAGAUUUCCUCCUCUGCCCUCUCUCUCUCCAUUCAGAAGAUGGACGGUCACGGUGAACUUGGUUUCGCUGAGAAUUUCGACCCCGGGAUCAUCGGAAGGCUGAGGGAUGAUGAGUACGAGAGCAGGUCGGGGAGUGAUAACUUUGAGGGCGCAUCUGGGGAUGAUCAGGACGGCGGCGGCGGCGGCGGCGACCAACCGCCGAGGAAGAAAAAGUACCAUAGGCACACUCCUAACCAAAUCCAAGAACUUGAAAACUUUUUCAAAGAGUGUCCUCAUCCGGAUGAGAAGCAAAGGUCGGAGCUCAGCCGUCGUCUCAGCUUAGAGACGAAGCAAGUCAAGUUCUGGUUUCAAAACAGAAGAACUCAGAUGAAGACACAACUUGAACGCCACGAGAAUAUAAUUCUCAGGCAAGAGAAUGACAAGCUGAGAGCUGAGAAUGGUGUGAUAAAGGAUGCUAUGUCAAACCCGGUUUGCAACAAUUGUGGAGGUCCGGCCAUUCCUGGUCAAAUAUCGUUUGAGGAACACCAACUUAGGAUUGAGAAUGCUCGACUGAAGGAUGAACUGAACCGCAUAUGUACUCUCGCAAACAAGUUCUUGGGCAGGCCCAUCUCCUCCUUGGGCAAUGCCUCCUCCGGUUUGGAACUUGGUGUUGGAAGAACUGGGAUGGGUGGUAUGAAUGCUCUAGGCGCUGAUUUGCCACUGGGGCUUGAUUUAGGAGAUGGGAUUUCAAGCUCUUCCCCUAUGAUGCCUCUCGUUAAGACCUGUUCAGGCAUGAUGGGGAAUGAAGUACCAUUUGAGAGAUCUAUGUACAUAGAUCUUGCAUUGGCAGCUAUGGAUGAAUUGGUGAAGAUGGCUCAGGUAGAUAGCCCCUUGUGGAUCAAAAGUUCAGAUGGGACAGAUAUAUUGAACCUUGAGGAGUACCGGGCAUUUUCUUGCAUUGGUAUGAAACCUAGCAGCUUUGUAACUGAAGCCACUAGGGACACUUGUGUCGUAAUACUAAACAGCUUGGCUCUCGUUGAGACAUUGAUGGAUGCGAAUCGAUGGGCAGAAAUGUUUCAGUGUUUGGUUGCUCGAGCCUCCACCAUUAAUAUGAUAUCCAACGGCAUGGAUGGGACUAGAAAUGGUGCUCUUCAAGUGAUGCACGCUGAGCUUCAAAUGCUAUCGCCGUUGAUCCCUGUUCGUCCACUGAAGUUCCUCCGUUUCUGCAAGCAACAUGCAGAGGGUGUUUGGGCUGUAGUUGAUGUUUCUCUUGACAUCAAUCAAGAAGGUUCCAAUACAAACCCGUUUUGGAACUGCCGGAGGCUUCCUUCCGGAUGCAUUGUGCAAGAUAUGCCUAAUAAUUGCUCCAAGGUGACUUGGAUAGAACACACUGAAUAUGAUGAGAAUGUCGUCCACCCCCUCUUCCGGCAAUCACUGCGUUCGGGUAUGGGCUUUGGUGCGCACAGGUGGCUUGCCACUCUGCAAAGGCAAUUUGAGAGCCUGGCAUUCCUCAUUUCGUCUGCCAACUCCAGUGAAGAUCACUCAGGGAUAGGUAUCAACGGUAAGAAAAGCAUGCUAAAGCUUGCACAGCGUAUGGUGGAUAACUUCUGUGCUGGGAUUUCUGCCUCGUCUGUGCGCAAGUGGGACAAACUUCGCUUUGAAAAUGUUAGUGAAGAUACGAGGGUUAUGGCCCGGAAGAGUAUGAAUGACCCCGGCGAGCCACCAGGGAUUGUGUUGAGUGUUGCAACAACUGUUUGGGUUCCGGUAUCAAGGCAUAGGGUGUUUGAGUUUUUGCGAGAUGAACAGUUUAGGAAGGAAUGGGACAUUCUGUCCAGCAACGUUCCAAUGCAACGCAUUGUCCAAAUUGCGAAGGGCCAAGGAGGUGCCAAUGGUGUUUCUCUUCUUCGUGCUAACGAGACAAAUGCCAACGACAGUAACAUGCUGAUAUUGCAAGAGACGUGGACUGACCCUUCGGGCUCACUUGUAGUGUAUGCACCAGUUGACACUGAUUCAAUAAAUGUCGUGAUGCGCGGUGGAGAUUCUGCUUAUGUAGCUCUUCUGCCAUCAGGGUUUGCAAUCCUUCCCGGUGGCCCACCUGGCUAUGAAGUGGUCAAAUCUGAAGGCAAUGGCAGUGAUGGCAGCAACGGAUGUUUGCUGACUGUUGCAUUCCAAAUUCUAGUUAGCAGCCUUCCGACGGCCAAAAUCAACAUGGAGUCGGUUGAGACAGUCAGCACUCUCAUAUCUUGCACCAUUCAGAAGAUAAAAUCGUCUCUUCAAGCAGCAUAAUGUUUGGAAGACCAUGCAUGCAUGCCUACCUGCUUAGCUUUUGUUUUUGCGUUUUGCGUUUUGCUUUUUGGAAACAGAAAUAUAUGAUACAUGGGAGAACAUAAGAGGAUUAGAAAUGGAUGUGAUAUAUAGUGAAAGAAGUCGAGAUUGAAAGGUUUUGCGAACAGGGGUUUCGAGUCAAGAACGAACCGCUUUUAAAGAAUUUCUGUGUGGUAAAUUGCUUAGUUGGGUUUUUGGUGUGGUUUUGAACUUGGAAGAACGAUAGUUCGUUGGUUCGGGUAUUGACUCUGUGGACCCGAAGGUUUGAAGGUAGCCUCAGCUCGGUCUGAGUUUCAAAGAAAUAUUACUGACAUUGUUGGAAGGAACCUUUCGUUUCUGCUAAUGGUUAUAUUUUGGAUUUCUGAUGACAAA